CGGAAGUAAAAGAAGAUGUGUGCGUCAUUAGUUAUAAAAUUCGUUAUUCGGUGCGGAAAAUUAUUAAGAUUAAACACAAUAUACUCCUCAUAGGGCCUUUAUAUUGUAUCGUCUUUUUUCAGAAUUUAUUUGUAUAUCUUCACUUGAAGUGUUAUACAUUUUUGCUGUAAAAGACUUUUAUUUUAUAAUAGUCUACCAUGUUGAGAUGUGUAGAUCAUGCUACACGGAUCACAAACUAUACAUCCCUCAUAUAUUUUGACAAGGUCACUUAUUAAAUCAAGCGAAGAUGAAUGUAAAAACAGUGGGUUUUGUAUAUUUAAGGUUAUUGUGUCCGCGGCACGCUUUCUUGCCAUUAAGGAGCCUCUGUCUAGGUCAUCUACAGAACUCAAGCCAACCACCAAAACAUGAAACGCAAGCACAGAGGUCUGGAUUCAGUCCAGCAGCAACAUCAAAAUAUGACUGGAUCGGCCCACCAGACAGACUAUCAAAUCUGAGACCAAUCAUAUAUCACAUCCCAGAGAAUGAGACUCCACUGGAAAGAAAGUUACGGCAUCUGAGACAGGAGACAGAAGACUGGAACCAUAAUUUCUGGACCAAGCAGAACAUUACAUUUAGUAAGGAAAAGGAAGAAUAUAUACAGUCACAACUGAAGGCAAAAGGGUUGUCGGAGAGAGAUGAAGCAGGAAGGAAAAGGAUUUUAAGCAGUGAGGAAAUGGCAGUGUUCUACAAAUAUUUCUUAGACAAAAACAUUACAAGGCAUGCCACUUAUAACAGGGAAUGGUAUAGGCGGAAUUUCACCAUAACACUUUUAAUGGCUAAAGUAGCUGUAGAGAACACUUGGAGGAUGCUGGGCGGACGAAAGAGAGGAACUGGGCGAGAGAAAGGCAAACAUGAAUAAAACUCAAAAAAGACUGUGUAAACCUAUCACUGCUAUUGUUCUUUCCAGACUAUUUGGACAUGAAAACAGUAAAGGUUUGACAGAAGACUGCAUCAAAACCUGGUACUGUUAUGAGAUCUGAAUACUGAAGGUGCUUACCUGCCUGUACCUUGUCAGUGUGUCAAUAAUGUAUAUAAAUCUGAAUACAUUUUUAGCGUCAAUAAAGAAAUAUCUUAC